GAGUUGUUCUAGGUGUAAAAACGAUGUCGUUUAUUUCCUCUCUGUCAACUCCACAGUCUCUAUCUCUCUUCUGCAAAUCCAAACGUGUAACCGUUUCUGUUAGUUCCCGCUUUAAAGCCUCGGCAGAAGUUCCAGAUUUUCUCUCUGCAGAUUGGCUUGAAUCUCGACGGAAAAGGCCUUUUGGACCCAGACUAAAUUUUAGUGCAGAAGAAGCUGUUCAAUACCAGCUUGAUGCAUUGAAGUACAAUGAUAAACCCCGUCAAGACUAUGGCAUCGAGGUUCUGUAUAGGUUUGCUGGAUUCGAUCCUUUCGAAAGGUCCCUGUAUUUUGGGCCUUCCUUCGAUUUGGGGCAGUUUGAGCGAUUUAGACGGAUAUUUCACCAUUCAACUUACCGAGUAUUGCUUGGUCACAAAGAGAGGAAGAUCUUGAGUAGUUUGUUUGUGAAGGAGGACCGAUUCAAGCAGCGGUUUUGGGUAAGAGGAAGUCGUCCUGAGGAAGAAGAAAUAUUUCAGUUUACCAUGGUUCAGAGGGUUGGUGGUUCGUGGGAUGGUUACUGGUUGGCUGAGAGUUUACUUCAUGAUGGAGAUGCCUUCGCCGGUGGGUUAGCUUACUAAUCGGUGGUACCUACAGAAUGGUGUAUCUCGGUGAUACUAAUUACCCUGGUGUAGAAGCAUGAAAUUAUUUGCCUACUCACAGAUUAGAAUUAUAUACAUUCUGUAAUAAAAUGUUGCAUGUUUACUGUAAUCAGGCUGGUUACAAUAUGUAAAGUAAACCCUGUACAUAUAAAGCUGCUGCAUAUAUAUAUCUCCAUUGCUCUUCUGGUA